AUGUCUUCUGCCGGCCAUGCAUCCUCCAACGCCCUCAUCGAUAAGUUCGAUGGGGACAACUAUUCAACCUGGAGUCGAUAUAUGCGUGGCGUGUUCCUGACAAAGUCAGUGUGGCAUACUGUCAACCGGGAGAGCUCCUCGACGUUCGUGGACCCUCGAGCGCAGGACGACUACGUCAAGACCAACAACAUCGCGUUUGGAAAGAUGUUGCUACACAUGGGCGCAGACUACCACCAUGUGGUCGACAACUGCAAGGAAGCGUGGGUUGCGUGGCAGAGCCUGAAGGUGCUGUACGGUGGAUCCCAGAAAGCGGGAAAGAUCUACCUCAAGCGUCAACUCUUCAGCAUGAAGAUGGAUGAAGGCGCCAUCGUCAUGCAUCACUGCAACGAGGUCCUGAACAUCGCUGCCAAGCUUAGCAGCAUCGGUGCGAAGAUGGACGAUGAGGACAUGAGCAGCGCAGAGCUUCGUACCCAAGAUGUGGUGAAGGUGCUCACGAAUGAGCACACCAAGCGCCAAGGGGAGAAGGUGACAACAACAGCGACGAUGGUCAAGACUGAAGAUGCAGCCAAGGCCUUCAACACUGAGCGCGAGCCAUACAAGUGCACCUACUGUGGGAAGCUGGGACACACCGUCGAUCGCUGUUGGUCCAAGCAGAAUAAUGAAAGUCGAGGAGACCGACGCGGCGGCAAUGGUCGUGGACGCGGGGCAAACAAUGUCCAGUGGGGACAAUAUCGUGAUGAAGACAGCGACUACGAUCAAUUAGCGUUUGCAGUUUCGCUAGAGUGUGGACUCUCAGCGAAGAAGGACGUGUCCGGAAUGUGA